CUAACGUGUUUAUGUUGUUUCAUCAUUUCUAUUCUGUCCCCAGUUUCAUGAUGGUACUUGUCUGCCUUAUAUUCAGCGUGCUGUCCACCAUUGACCAGUACACCGAUUUUGCUAUGGAAACCUUGUUUUGGAUGGAAAUAUUUUUAGUUUGUUUCUUUGGCCUUGAGUAUGCUAUCCGCCUCUGGUCGGCGGGAUGUCGCAGCAAGUACAUGGGGAUUAGAGGCAGAAUACGGUUUGCCAGAAAGCCCAUUUCCAUCAUCGAUUUAAUUGUUGUUGUUGCUUCCAUCUGUGUGUUCACUAUUGGUUCUGAAGGACAAGUCUUCGCCACUUCUGCCAUCCGGGGCGUCCGCUUCCUGCAGAUAUUACGUAUGCUUCAUGUUGACAGACAGGGAGGUACCUGGAGGCUGCUGGGAUCUGUGAUAUACCUACAUCGACAGGAGCUAAUCACGACGCUGUAUAUAGGAUUUCUGGGAUUGAUAUUUUCCUCUUAUUUCGUUUACCUGGCUGAAAGAGAGGAUGGGAGAAAGGACUUCUCUAGCUAUGCGGAUGCCCUUUGGUGGGGUGUGGUAAGUAGUUGCUGUAAACUGGCUGGUAUCCUGGGCUCUGGGUUUGCUUUGAAAGUUCAACAAAAACAAAGACAAAAGCAUUUCAAUAGACAAAUUCCAGCUGCAGCGACACUUAUUCAGUGCCUGUGGCGAUGUCAUGCAUCAGAACCACAUUCCAAGUCUGAAGCCACGUGGAAAAUCCAUUGUCAUGAUCCAUCAAAUGAAGAAACCGUUUUUGCUAAAAUGGCUAGGAGAGCCAGUCAGUUAUCCCUGCGAAAGCGGCGUCUCUCUCGGCUUGACUCCACCACCAUGGUUCCAAGCCAUCUCUACAAAGAAUCCAUGUCAUCAUCUGUUUCAUAUGCAGAUGAAAAGCUAGCCUGUAUGACCCCAAAGUUCAACCGCAAGGACAGCCAAAGGACAAGUGUAUGCGCUGGAGAUACCAACACAAAUGAGGAUACAGAUUACGAUGCAGAAGAGCCAGAGAAAGUGCAGAAGUUAACUGAAGCCCAUAAAACUGCUAUCAGGGUUAUCAGAAAAAUCAAGUAUUUUGUGGCCCGCAGAAAAUUUCAG